UUGAGAGAACCAAUAUAUCAUCAUCAUCACCUGAAAAUAUAAUCUGUUCCCUUUUUGGCUCUCAUGGACGCGUCGGUAGUUUCCUCAUCCACACCUUUCCCAUAUCAAGAUUCUCUAAAGCAGAGCCUAGAACAGAGCAACAAAGAAGACGUUCUUGAUAAUUCUUGCCAAGAACAGCUCAAUAAUAAUCAAGAACUCAAUCUCAUCGACUGCAUAGACGACACGACGAGUAUUAUUAAGGGAUCAUCUACUACAUCAACAGAACAAAAGCUUUUCUCAUGCAACUACUGUCAAAGAACUUUCUAUAGCUCACAAGCACUUGGUGGUCACCAAAACGCACACAAGAGAGAGAGGACGUUGGCGAAGAGAGGACAACGUCUAGCAGCAUCAGCCUCAGCUUUUGGACAUCCUUAUGGUUUCUCUCCACUUCCUUUCCAUGGACAAUACAACAACAGGUCACUAGGGAUCCAAGCUCAUUCUAUGAGCCAUAAGCUAAGUUCAUAUAACGGGUUUGGUGGUCACUAUGGUCAGGUCAACUGGUCAAGACUUCCAUUUGAUCAACAACCAGCCAUAGGCAAAUUGCCUUCAAUGGAGACUUUUCACCAUCAUCAAAUGAUGAUGAUGGCUCCUUCAGUAAUUUCAAUGUCCAAUAACAUCGGUAGAUCAUCAAGCAACAUAGGAGAGAUUCUUGAAGGGUCACCGGCUCUUGAACAAUGGCGCGGAGAAGGAGGACUCUUAAGCACUAAUCAUGAAGAGCAACAUAAGCUUGACUUGUCCCUCAAGCUUUGAGUUACCUUUUUCUUGAUUCUUGAAAUUUAGUGUCUCCAACUUUUGUUCAUGUGUGUCUAGUAAAGGUAUCUAAUGUACAUCUCUUUCCACAUAUUGUAUCUAAUUUAGUCUGAGAUUUGUAGACUUCACAUAAAUGGAUUUCAGGUUAGACA